AUGCCACACACGCCCGCGCAAGACGUACUGCUCCCCGAUGCGGUGCUACGAGAAGCGAGUUAUACCGGCGAGGCGGAGACGACGCUCGAAGGCGUGCCUGUCCUCCUCGACGAUGAACUCCAGCCGCUUGACGACACCAUGCUGAAGGAGCAAGACGCAGCAGGGAUGUGUGCGGCAAAGCGACGCAUCAAGGAGCUCGAUGAGGAACGUGCUGCGCGUGUUGCGAGGCGCCGCAAUGCCGAUAAUUGCUUGCAGCGGGCGAUGCACCGCAUUAUUCCGUACGGCGGCAUCUUGUCAUCCGCGUUCAACCUGGCCAGCUCCACGCUCGGGGCCGGCAUCGUUGCGCUCCCCGCCGCGUUCCAAAUGUCUGGUAUCGGAAUGAGCACGCUUUAUCUCUUGAUUGUUGCCGCGAUGGUGGUGUACUCUUUUGUUCUGCUCACCAUUGUGGGGGAGCGCACAGGGCUGCGGAGUUACGAGAAGUUGACGCGUUUGCUGCUGGGCCCCGGCGCUGACUACGUACUUGCCCUUCUCAUGUGGUUGUUGUGCUUUGGCGGGGAUGUGUCCUACGUCAUAUCGAUGCUGGGCGUCAUCAAGGGCUUCCUGCUGAACGCGGAGGGUACGCCGGCGUAUCUAAAGACCUUAUCGGGGCAACGGCUUAUCGCCAGUGUUGUGUGGCUUGUCUUCAUGCUCCCACUGUGUUUGCCCAAGGAGAUUAACUCUCUGCGCGUCUUCUCGACGAUUGGUGUGCUCUUCAUUGUGCUCUUUGUCAUCUGCAUCGUUGUGCACGCGUCUCAGAAUGGACUCGCGUUGGGUCUGCGGGAUGACCUUGUGUACUUCCAAACAGGCAACCAGGCAAUCCAGGGCCUGUCAAUCUUCAUGUUUGCGUACGUGAAUCAGGUUAACUGCUUCGAGGUCUACGGCGAAAUGUACAAGCCCAGUGUUCGACGCAUGACGAUCAGUGCUUUUCUAGGAACGGUACUAUGUUUCGCUUUAUAUUUCCUUGGUGGUCUCUUUGGCUAUAUGGACUUUGGCCCUACUGUGACGGAUUCUGUACUUGACAAGUAUAAUCCCAUUGAGAAUAAGAUGAUGGGCGUUGCGUACGCUGGUAUCAUAUUAAAGAUAUGCGUGGGCUAUGGAUUGCAUAUGAUACCAUGCCGUGAUGCUGUAUACCACGUCAUCGGUGUAGACGUCAAUACUCUCGCGUGGUGGAAGAAUGCGUUGGUAUGUGGCACUCUGGCGACCUUGUCGCUAAUUGGAGGGCUUUUUAUUCCACGCAUCACUACCGUCUUUGGUUUGCUAGGCUCUCUGUGCGGCGGCUCUAUUGGCUAUGUGUUCCCUGCGUUGAUGUUCAUGUACUGCGGCAACUUCAACCCUGGAUCUGUUGGCUGGAUGCAUUUCAUUGGCGCCUACGCGCUGCUCUUGGCUGGCGUCAUUGCUAUUGUGUUCGGCACAACUGCUGCGAUAUACGGGGAGGUGGCGAGGAGCUAG